AUGAAGCUGAGACUGGGGAGACGAGGGGACUGCACCUCUGCGGGCAGAGUCACGGCACACCUCCUCUUAUCGUUCCUCGCAAUAUCGCCAACACUAGCUUCCGUUGGGGAGACAGCAAACAACGAAGAGGCGGCCCUCCGCCCCGGACCACUCCUGCCGCCCAGCACCCAACAACCUGCCUCGGCCGAACACCUCUUUACACUGCGACACGUCUUCCACCAUGGCACGUAUCGGCAUCCCCAGCUGCACAGGAGGAAGGAUGUUCGCCACUCGGACGGCGUCGACAGCCAGAUCUGGCUGGCCGAGGAGGACGGCUUCAACAGGGAGAAGCUGCUGCCUCUCGCCGUUCAGAGCGCGCCGCUGAAGAUCGAGCGCAUGAUCGACCGUCGUCCGUCCGUCGUCGAUCCGAUGGUCACCGAGGCUCGACAGCGCGGCUACGUUAACAUCAUGUCGCCGUCUGACUGGACCCUCGACGAGGUUCCCGGACCCAACAUCACCGAUAGAGCCACCGUCAUCAGCCUAGCGAUCAUGGCUGCGAACGCGUACAUUGAAGAGGAGGGCCAGGCCGACUGGGAAGAGGUCGGCGGUCCGUACAACAGAAGCGCCGACUUCGGAUGGGAAACCGACGGGCUGCGCGGCCACAUCUGGGCAGACUCGACAAACUCCACGGUCGUGAUCGGGCUGAAGGGCACCUCCACCGCCAUCUUUGACGGAGAAGGGACCACCACGAACGACAAGGUCAACGACAAUCUGUUCUUCAGCUGUUGCUGUGCGCAGCAGGGACAGUGGAGUUGGCAUCAGGUGUGCGACUGCGCCACGUCGACGUACUCGUGCAACAACACGUGCGUUGUGCAAGCACUCCAGGAUGAGCACCGAUACUACACGGCGGCGAAGGAGCUGUACUCGAACGUCACGGAGCUGUUCCCCGACGCGAACAUCUGGCUGUCGGGCCACUCGCUCGGCGGCGCUGUCAGCUCCCUCCUGGGCCUGACCUAUGGCCUCCCCACCGUCACCUUCGAGGCCGUCCCGGAGGCGCUCGCCGCCGGCAGACUCGGUCUUCCCGUGCCGCCCGGCGCGGAUCAGGUGGUUCAUCAGGCCCGCCAGAACACCGGUGCGUACCACUUUGGCCACACGGCGGACCCCAUCUACAUCGGCACCUGCAACGGGGCCACUGCGACGUGCUCUUUCGCCGGCUACGCCAUGGAGUCGGCCUGCCACACCGGACUGAGGUGUGUCUACGACGUCGUGGCCGAUAAGGGCUGGCGAGUCGGCAUCGGAACUCACAAGAUUCGGUCCGUGAUCCACGACGUCAUCAUGAAGUAUGACAACGUGCCCGAGUGCAAGGGCUCUCCCGAAUGCCGCGAUUGUGCGAACUGGAAGAUGUAUGAGAGCAACGGCACCGACACGACCACAACGUCUCGGUCUUCAACGACCUCCAAGACGCGUACGCGGACAGCAACCUGCCAGACACCAGGCUGGUGGGGUUGCUUGGAUGAGACGACUGCUCCAAUCACGGCCACGACCACGACCACGACCUCGACCACGUCGACCUGCAAGACACCCGGAUGGUUCGGAUGCAAGGACAAGACUACGACGACGACGACCAGCACCACCACCACGACUACGUCUUCGACGACCACCAGCGCGACCACCACCACCUGUCUGACCCCUGGAUGGUUUGGAUGCAAGGACAAGACCACCUCGACCAGCAGCACGUCUUUGCUGCCUGGUUCGACUCCGUCCCACGGCAUCACUGCCGCUCCCACGGCAACCCCUACAUCAGCGCCCACGAAGGCGCCUCCGUCGGACCCCCACUGCCGUAGGAGAUAUUGGUUUGGAUGGUGCAAGAAAUGGAGCCAGGGCAGCGAGAGCAGCAGCGAGAGCAGCAGCGAGGAGCUGUGA